GUGCGCUGUAUCCCUCGGACACAGCGGAUCACCGAUCACGGAAAGAGCUGAAAAUGUCAGCUUGGUCAUGUGAUCAGCUGUUGUCCAAUCACAGCUGAUCACAUGGGACAUGUACACUGAUCAUCAGGGCACUGAUGAUCAGUGUGCCCUGAUGAUCAGUGUAGCCCCAGCAGUGCCACCUGUCAGUGUCCAUCAGUGCCUUAUGUCAGUGCUCAUCAGUGCCUCAUGCCAGUGCCCAUCAGUGCCACAUCAGUGCCACAUAUCAGUGCCUACCAGUGCACAUCAAUGCCAAAUAUCAGUGCCCAUCUGAGCUGCCUUUCAGUGUCACCCAUCAGUGCCAGUCAGUGCCACCUAUCAAUG